AACAGAUAGGUUCGAUGAGCUUCCCAGCGCGUGCAGACGCAGCGUCAUUCAGCGCUACAUGUUCGAAUGAAAGCGGUCCGUGCGCGCGCGCAGGUUUAAACAGGAUUCCCACACACAGACACACUUACACACGGACACGGACACGGACACGGACACGCCAUCGCCAUGUCUAUAUUCACCGUAAAUGUGAAAUGGGGCAAGGAGAAGUUCGAGGCGGUGGAGCUGAACACCGAGGAACCCCCGAUGGUGUUUAAAGCCCAGCUCUUCGCUCUGACCGGCGUUCAGCCAGAUCGACAGAAGGUCAUGAUUAAGGGAGGAACGCUAAAGGAUGAGGAGUGGGGAAAUAUUAAGAUCAAAAACGGAAUGACGUUCUUGAUGAUGGGAUCGGCUGACACGCUGCCCGAAGAGCCGGCCGUCCGUCCGAUGUUUGUAGAGGACAUGACGGAGGAACAGCUCGCUUCAGCCAUGGAGUUACCGUGUGGACUGACGAAUUUGGGGAACACGUGCUACCUGAAUGCCACAGUGCAGUGUCUCCGCUCAGUGCCUGAACUCAGAACCUCUCUCAAGAAGUAUUCUGGUGCGUUGAGGUCCUCUGGGGCAAAUGUGCCAUCUCAAUACAUCACAGCAGCUCUGCGUGACCUGUACGAGUCGAUGGAUAAAACGUCCUCUAGUAUCCCCCCAAUCAUCUUGCUGCAGUUCCUGCAUAUGGCCUUCCCUCAGUUUGCUGAGAAAGAUGAUCAGGGACAGUACCUACAGCAGGAUGCCAAUGAGUGCUGGGUUCAGUUGAUGCGGGUUCUCCAGCAGAAAUUAGAAACUCAAGAACCUGAAACCCCCAUUCAGAUGAGUGACAGUGAUGGCGGCGCUGCAGCUUCAGCCGCAAAGAAAAACUUCAUUGACCAGUUUUUUGGGGUGGAGUUUGACACUACAAUGAAGUGCACGGAGUCAGAGGACGAGGAACCCGUCAAAGGUAUGGAGAACAAUCUGCAGCUCAGCUGCUUCAUCAACCAGGAGGUGAAAUAUCUGGCAACCGGCAUUAGAUUGCGACUACAAGAGGAAAUAACAAAAUUUUCUCCGUCUCUACAAAGAGACGCUCUCUAUACCAAAUCGUCUAAAAUCAGUCGUCUCCCAGCGUACCUGACUGUUCAGAUGGUUCGCUUCUACUACAAGGAGAGGGAGUCUGUUAACGCCAAAGUCCUCAAGGACGUGAAGUUCCCCCUCAUGCUGGACGUGUACGAGAUGUGCACUCCUGAGCUGCAGGAAAAAAUGGUGCCUGUGAGGUCCAAGUUUAAGGAAAUGGAGGACAGAAAGCUGGAGGAACAGCAGCAGAAGAUCAACAGGAAGAUCGAAGCUCCGAAAGAAGUGAAAUAUGAAGACUUUUCUUUUCCUAACGAUCUGGGCUCCAAUAAUAGCGGUUACUACGACCUGCAGGCCGUCCUUACGCAUCAGGGCCGUUCAAGCUCCUCUGGCCAUUAUGUCGGAUGGGUCAAGAGGAAAGAAGACGAGUGGGUGAAGUUUGAUGAUGACAAGGUGAGCGUGGUCACACCUGAGGACAUCCUGAAACUGUCUGGAGGCGGAGAUUGGCACAUCGCCUAUGUGCUAGUUUAUGGGCCGCGGCGUCUCGAAUGCGUUGAAGAAGAACAGAUACAAUAACACGCGCGCACACAAAUUUAAGUCCAUUCGUUCUCUCCGACCGUGCCUGCACUGACGCUAACACCACUUCUGUAUAAUUAUUGACUGAUGGCUUUUUGUCUCAAGAUAUCUGUGAUCUAAACACAAUAAAAAGAUGCAGAUGGUGUUGAACCGUG